AUGUGGCUGGGAGCUAGUGAAGUCGUGGCAGACAUCUUCCAGGAGCACCGCCGGAUGAUUUCCAAAGCUUCUCGGAGCGUCUAUAUCGAGAACCAGUACUUCGGCAGCCGUCUGAGCAGUGCUGAAGAAGCGCAGUCACCACGAUGCCAAGCUCUGCACAGUCAUACGCAGAACGACCUAGCACAUCUGCUUUUCGAAAAGAUCACCACGAAGGCCACUCUUGGCGAGAAGUUUUCAGCCGUCGUUGUUUUUCCUCUGGCAACAGAGGAGUCCGAGACACACUAUCCAAACCUUCGCACGGCACAGUGCCUGCAGGAGGCUCUUGAAGGGUUCUGGAAGGCAAACAAGAUCAGCAGCCCGUUGUCCGAAUAUUUUGGGAUGUAUAACCUUGCAAACGUCGUACCAGUGAACACCACUUCCUCAGCUUUCUACGGUAUCUUUGUUCACAGCAAGCUGAUGGCAAUCGACCACGACUCUGAUUCAGGUGCUGAAGCCAUCGUGGGCAGUGCCAAUCUGAACGACCGCUCCCUGCUGGGUGACCGCGAUGCCGAGGUUAGCCUUGGCGUCAAAGGCACCUUCGUCCAGGCGCUGAUGUCCACAUUGUUCCAGUCUCAUGCAGCAUCUGCCCUGCCUCGCGCUGUGGAUCUGCAGCGGCGACUAUCAGAAGCAGCAGAAUCCAACGCUGGGAGGCUGAAAGACGUCGGAAUCAACUGGGACGAGGGCACGUUGGGAUCCAAGAAGCUUCUGGAUCAGAAUGAGCAGGACGACGGCUUUCUGCCUGAGCUCGACAUGUCUGAAGCCUUCCAAGUUGGUUCCGGUGUUCACUGGAAGAUGCUGCCGGGAAAGGCUUUGCAGAAGGGCUUGCAAGGCUACUUGCUCCCGUGGCGCCCGGCCUUGUGGGGAGAUGCUGAUGUGUACCGGUCUUGGAAGCACUACCAUCCUUCGGGCGCCUGGCUGCAGACCUGA